AAUACUUACUGCACUGAUGCACGUUUAAUUUCUACGAAAGCCUUGUUUGUUACAAUAUCACGUGAUUUACGUUUGUUUCUACGUAAUUCUCAUAUUCAGAGUGACAAUUGUAACUUAGCCCAAAAACCAACAGAAGAAGACACCCCCGUGACGUAUCCAAAAUCGUAUUCAGUAACCACUAGCCCUAAUUUCAACCCUAGUAAAACACUUGUCCGCCAAAGGUCCAGCAGCGGGAACUUAGGAGGAAAGAAAACUCCACCUUGGAGAAUAGAUGAUGAGGCUUUGAAACGAACUCGUCUCAAUAGCAACCAGUUUGAAACUUCUCUUCCCAGGUACGAACUUUCGCAAGACUUGCAGGACAAACAGGUAGAAAUGUUGGAACGGAAAUAUGGCGGUAUCCGUGCCCGAAAAGCAGCCUUAACUAUCCAGCGUGCAUUUCGAAAAUACUGUAUGAAUAGGCGGUUUCAGGAGCUCGCUCAUUCCGUGAAAAGAGAAAGAAGACUUUCUCGACGUUUCACUACAACGGAUUCUGAAGAGAAGGCCCGGAUGUUCAGUGACAUCCGUAAUAGUCGCUCCUGUGCAUCCGAAGAUGAUGCUUUUUAUGGAGCAGAUAACGAUCCUCCAUUCCAACGUUCUUCCACCUACGUGGAUGCAGUGCUUAGGUCAAAUCUUUCUACUUUAUACCGUGACUUUGGUGAAGAGUACCACAGGCUCUCCUCGCCUACUCACCUGUUAGGACCCACUGUUUCCAGAGAGCAAAGAAUUUGCUCACACAACCACCCAAUGGACUUUCGUUAUCACCCCAAGAGUUAUCCAGAACGUGGAUCACCUUGUGGCGAUGCGUUAAGUCGCGUCAGUUCCGAUGACUUUGUAUUUGUUCCUGCAACACCAGACGAUAAUAGUCUAUAUUACACACCCCCAAUGGGUGUAAGACCGUCUCCUGCUAUCCCUCGUCACCCAGCAUGGACAGCAGUACCACGUAGUGGUGGAAAGAGGUUUACUCACUCAAACAGUGGGCCUGUUUUGUUUCUUAGUCCUAGUCAAUCAACGCCAUCUGGUGGAGGACACGAACGGUACUACACUCCUAGGCAGUCACUUUCUUCGGAAGAUAGUGCCAUAAUUAGUGGAACAGGAGACCCGUGUGUCGAUUUCUUACAAGAUGGCCAGCGGCAAUUUUAUCGAACAUCUUCAGCCAGACAGAUUCUUAAUGUCCCUUUAGAAUGCACCUCUCAACCAAUUAAAUGUCAGCAGUGGCAAACACCAGUUAGAGCUUCUGAUUAUCUUGUUGAAAGAAAAAUCACACCACCAUAUGUAGAGCAUGAAAAAGUUUUAAUGCAAGGAUUUAGAAGAAUUCCCUCUCUCCCAGUUCAGGAGAUGAGAACUUUUAAUAAGUCUCCUAAAAGAUCAAGCCAAGUAUCGUCCACUAACUAUAACUCAAGGGAGCCAAGUCUUGGUUAUAACCCAUCACCAUCAGAAGUCUACGAAAGGACCAAACAAUCCAUUAAGAAAGGUGUCGUAGAGGCUUCUCCAAUAUGGAAAAGAAAAGCUCUUGUUGUUGCUGAACAGAUGCCACCUGGUGAACAGGUAGAUGAGAAACGUUUGAGUAACAUCUCAGAAAACAGUGAGGACAGCCUGGAGAGUGCAAGCUACUCUACGAUUCCUCCCGUCUCAUCAUCUGAUGCCUUCGUGGGAUCAAACUAUUCGGAAUGUUGUAGAGCUCAAGAAAUUACCUCCACAACAUCACAACAUAAGUCACAGGUGUCAGAUCUUCAGAGAAAACGUCAGUACAGAGUGGGUUUGAACCUCUUCAACAAAAAGCCAGAAAAGGGGAUUUCUUACCUGAUCCAAAAAAAUUUCUUAGAAGCAACGGCCAAGGCUGUAGCUCGGUUCUUGAUCUCCAGGAAAGGACUCAGUAAACAUAACAUUGGGGAGUAUCUGGGAAACCUACAAAAUGGUUUCAACUCAGCUGUGUUAGAAAGUUUUGUGGAAGAAAUUGAUCUAGCUGGGAUGCAAGUUGACGUGGCUCUCCGGAAGUACCAAACGUUUUUUAGGAUGCCAGUAAGUUCA